UCCAUCUAUGGUCCCACGCACGCUCUGUGUGUAGCAUACGGAUGUGAUGCUACUGUUUGAUAGCCAAACUAUAAAUGUUUGUAUUGGUUUGCAUGUGUACUCACAGUCGUUACUGGCCGUGCAACUGCGCUGAAAGUCGGCGAGCGGCUCUGUCAACAUGUCGGGAGUCAUCCGGAGGCUCGACGAGACGGUUGUUAACCGGAUCGCUGCAGGAGAAGUUAUCCAGCGUCCCGCCAACGCCGUUAAAGAACUGAUUGAAAACUGUUUAGAUGCCAAGUCCACCAGCAUCCAGGUGACAGUGAAGGACGGCGGCCUGAAGCUCCUCCAGAUCCAGGACAACGGCACUGGCAUCAGGAGAGAAGACAUGGAAAUCGUUUGUGAGCGUUUCACCACCAGCAAACUCCAGACGUUUGACGACCUCUCGGCCAUCGCGACCUAUGGAUUUAGAGGAGAGGCCCUUGCAAGUAUAAGCCAUGUUGCCCAUGUGACCAUCACGACCAAGACAGCUGAUGCCAAAUGUGCUUACAGAGGCAGCUACAGUGAUGGCAAAGUUAAAGGUCCUCUUAAACCAUGUGCGGGCAACCAGGGAACACAGAUUCUUGUGGAGGACCUCUUCUACAACGUGUCCACCAGGAGAAAAGCUUUAAAGAACCCAAGUGAUGAGCACUCCAGGAUUGUAGAAGUGAUCAGCAGGUACGCCAUACACAAUUCAGGAAAAAGCUUUUGUGUCAAAAAGCAUGGAGAGACUGUGGCAGAUGUGAGGACUCUACCCAACGCUUCUGUGGUGGAUAACAUUCGAGUAGUGUUUGGAAAUGCAGUUAGCAGGGAGCUCAUUGAAGUUGCCUGUGAGGAUCAGAAACUCGCUUACAAGAUGAAAGGCUACAUCUCAAACGCAAACUACUCUGUCAAGAAAUGCAUCCUGAUCCUCUUCAUCAAUCAUCGUCUGGUAGAGUCCAGUGCUUUGAAGAAAGCGAUCGAGGCCACUUACACCGCAUACCUUCCCAAGAACACGCAUCCUUUUCUUUACCUCAGCUUAGAGAUCGCCCCGCAGAACGUAGACGUGAACGUUCACCCCACCAAACAUGAGGUGCAUUUCCUGCAUGAAGACAGCGUCAUCGAGAGCGUUCAGAAGCACGUUGAGAGCAAACUCCUUGGCACCAACUCCUCACGCACGUAUUUCACUCAAACGUUGCUGCCAGGGCUGUCAGUCUCAGGCGGCACGGAGGUGAAGUCCUCCAGCGCCACAGCAGAUUCCACCGAGCGAGUGUACGCGCAUCAGAUGGUGAGGACCGACUGUCGCGCUCAGAAGCUGGACGCCUUCCUCCGGCCGAAAGAGAAGCCGUCGGCUGACCCCGAACCGGCCGGUCCCAGCGGCAGAGAGGCGGCGAACAAAACCGCCCGCCCUGACGACGUGGAGAUGGACGAGGCCGAUGACGUAGAUCUGCUGCAGGCCUUGGAUCAGCAGGAGGCGGAGGAAGAAAGCAGCGUCGGUGCUAAUGAUGUUCAAAGAAAGCGUCCAAGGAAGGAGCAGCAGCAGCAGCAGGAGGAGGAGGAGGAAGAAGAGGACCUGACGGCUGCAGCCACGCCGAAGAGACGAGUCAUAAAACUGAACAGCAUCAAGGAGCUGAGAGCUGAGAUCACUGAGAACACACACAAAGGUCUUCAAGAAAUGCUGCAGAGCCACUCGUUUGUGGGCUGCGUCAAUCCCCAGUGGACUCUCAUCCAACAUCACACCAAACUGUACCUGCUGAACACCACCAAACUCAGUCAGGAGCUUUUCUACCAAAUACUGACCUACGACUUUGGGAACUUUGGCGUGCUCAGACUAUCUACCCCGGCUCCGCUCUAUGACCUGGCCAUGUUGGCUCUGGACUGUGACGAGAGUGGCUGGACAGAAGAUGACGGACCGAAAGAAGGCCUGGCUCAGUUCAUCGUGGACUUCCUGAAGAAGAAAGCCGAGAUGCUGGAGGACUACUUCUCCGUGGAGAUAGACCAGGAAGGAAAUCUAAGAGGACUGCCACUGCUGCUGGACAAGUACGCUCCCAUCAUGGAAGGUCUCCCCAUGUUCAUCCUGCGCCUGGCCACUGAGGUGAACUGGGACAACGAGAAGGAGUGCUUCAGAGACCUAAGUAAGGAGUGCAGCAUGUUCUACUCCAUCAGGAAGCAGUACAUCCUGGAGGCCGAACCGGGGGAGGAGCAGGAUGGCGAGGCCAACUCGUGGCGUUGGAAAACGGAGCACAUCAUCUUCAAAGCUUUCCGAACCCUCUUCAGUCCUCCCAAGAACUUCAGCGAGGACGGCACGGUGCUGCAGAUUGCAAACUUACCCGAUCUCUAUAAAGUGUUCGAGAGGUGCUGAAUAUGAUCAAAUCUGACAACCUUCAGGCUUCUAUUUUUAUACUUGUUGUAAAUAAAUCCCCUCUGUGAAACCAAA